AUGGCGUUGAAUCAAACACUUUCCCCAGAGAGUAUCUCCAAAGAGGAGUCAUCUACUAACUUUGUUCAGAUAUGCGAGAUCAUCAUAGGAUGUUUUGGAAUCUUUGGUAACCUGACGAGUGUUCUUGUUCUAGGCCGCCGUUCAGUCCGUAACCAGACCAACUGGCUGAUAGUCAACCAAGCAGUUGUUGAUGCCCUCGUUUCGUUCUUUCUCGUGGCAGCCGUCUCGACACAAAUCGCAGGCGUAUCUCCCAAGAAUAUGGACAGAGUUAGCGGGGAAAUAUUCUGUAAGUUCUGGGGAUCUCUGAGUAUUGUCUUUGGGGGCUUUGCUAUAUCAACAUUUAAUCUUACAGCCAUAUCCAUUGAACGUUACAUAGCUGUCGUACAUCCUAUCUGGUACCUUUCCCAUUUCAAACAACGUGCAAUGGUUAUCUUGAUUACGCUUGCGUGGUGUUUAGCCCCGGUUCUUCAAAUAGUAACGGUGUCCACUCAGUACGGGGUUUCUCAGGAGGGUGAGUGCUAUUACUAUCCCAAGUACAGUCAGAUCCUCGUAGCCCUGUUUUUCUGGGAGUACUUCAUGCCCAUCUGUGUAAUGACUUUCUCUUUCUUCUCCAUCAUCGUGAAGUUUCGGGAGCUAAAUAAGAUCGCCAUUGCGCGUACGCGUGAGAUCCAGAAUACACUUCCCAUCCAAGGUCCAAGUGCGCCGGAAGAAGUGUCGGUCAACAGGGAGGUGGUGGCCUCGCGUCCAGCUGUGAAAACCUUACAUGUUCCUGGAGAAAUGGCAGCCAGUACCAUCCGACCUGGGAGCUCUACUUCUUCGAGAGAACCCAACAGACCUCACGACCAGAGAAAUCCAAUCCAGGAUAAUGCAGUCGGUAGGAUACUGAGGGAGGUGGUGGCCUCGCGUCCAGCUGUGAAAACCUUACAUGUUCCUGGAGAAAUGGCAGCCAGCAGUACCAUCCGACCUGGGAGCUCUGCUUCUUCGAGAGAACCCAACAGACCUCACGACCAGAGAAACCCAAUCCAGGAUAAUGCAGUCGGUAGGAUACAGAGACGCAACACAACCAAGGUCCUCUUUUCUGUUUACAUCAUAUUCCUCAUUUGCUGGAGCCCCAAUCAGUGGGCUUUUUUGCAGUUUAACCUCGGGGGCUAUUUGGACUUCAAAUCCACAUUCUAUCGUCUGACAGUGGUCAUGGGCAUUCUGAAUACCUGUAUCAAUCCUUUCAUUUACGCACUGAGACUGAAGAUCUACCAGAGAGAAUUGAAAUCCAUGAUCCAAUCAUUUUACUGCCAUUAA